GAAAAAUAAAAUAAAGUUAUAAUAAUAAUAAAAUGGAAAGCAUGUCCAGAGCUACUCAAGAAGAGAAUACCCAGAUAAUCAGUCUAGAGAAGUCUAUUCUUGAAGAAACCAAGGAGCAAAAUAUCAGCACAUGCCAGAGCAUUUGCUAUAAUAUUUUUCCAGGCGAAAAAGAUAUUAAGCCAUUGGAUUCAGACUCUGAAAAAAUUCCAAAUAAUAGCUACCUUGCCAUUCAUCUUAAUUAUUCUGAAUUUAUGCAGCUUGAGCAAAGCUUCAAGUAUCUUAAAUUCUUCGAUAUAAAUCAUAUUCGGUUUGUUGGCUUUGAUUCUAAAAAUAAGGUUUUUGCAGAUCUCUUAGAAUCCUUAUUCCCAAAUAAAACAAACGAACUCUGCUUUUAUCCCCAGAAUGUAAUGAAUCUGAAUAGGUCCAAUUACUUAAACUCCCUGCUCAGACUCAGUUCUAAAGUUGUCCAACAAGUUAUAUUUGGAAAUUUCGGCAUUGGUCUCCCCCAACUGAAGAGGCUGGUGGCAGCUUACAAGCAUGUCAGAGAGUUGAUACUGAUGGAUUGCAAGUUAUCUAUUCCAAGUGUUCCUGAUUUAUCUAAGGCUCUUAUAAAUUGUCAAAUCCAGAAACUAUAUUUAGGAGGAUGAGGAAGCUCUAAUUUUAGUGACUGGGAGAACAACCUCAACCAGUUCAAGAACUUGGUGCAAGGGUUAGCAAGUUCUCCAAAUUUAAAAUCGAGUCUCAAAGAGGUAAAUAUCUUUGAUUGUAGGGUAAACCAAGAUAAAGCUGAACAAAUCUUUGAUGAAAACCAAUUUGGACAUGUUAAAAUAAUUGAGAAAUAAGUUUUGAUAAAAGUUCUUAUUUUUGCUGCAUUGACUA